AUGGUUCUCAUCUGCCCCCGCAUACACUUUUACGAGAUCAACGAUCAAGCUUGGUUUCCUCAAUAUCUCCGCGAAAAGGUCCAAUCUUGCCUCACUCUCUGCUGGACAUUCCGAGCACCUGUGCUGCAAAAAGUAUCGCCGGCACAGCUCAUAACAACCACGCUCUAUGCAACCCUCACCGACAAUGUUACAAACUACAAAUAUGUUGAUUUCUGCGCAGGCGCAGGAGGCCCAACUCCAUUCAUCGAGAGAGAUUUGAAUGCUCAAUUAUCCUCACGAAUGCCCAAAUCACCUCCUCCCACGGCUACCCAGUCGAACGGCCUUACCCCUCGUUCACCUCGAGCUCCGCCGACAAACAAUGGCGGCGUGAACUUCGUGUUGACGGAUAUUCACCCACAUAUACCGGAUUGGACAGAAGCCUCAAAGCGAAGUGAGAAUCUCAGCUUUGUCUCCGAGUCUGUAGACGCGUCCAAUGCACCCGCGAGCUUGAAUUCACAGGAUGGGAAGAAAAUCUUUAGAUUGUAUAAUUUGGCAUUUCAUCAUUUCGACAAUAAGCUGGGCUCGGAGAUAUUACGAAACACCCUCGAGACGGCGGAUGGAUUUGGUAUCUUCGAACUCCAAGAACGUACGAUAUCGUCUAUGAUCACCAUCACUGCAAUGGGUCUUCUUAUGUUUCUCAUCACUCCGUUUUAUUUCUGGAGAUCUCCUGGUCAUCUAUUCUUCACAUACAUCAUUCCCAUCAUACCCUUUGUUCUUGUCUUUGAUGGUUAUAUCUCUUCUCUGCGCACAAGAAGCGCCGAGGAAGUCCAGGCGAUGAUGAAGGAGUGCGGGGCAUCAUGUGAUGGAUGGACCGUUAAGAACGGCGCAGAACAGCACACAUGGCCUACAGGAUAUAUGACUUGGAUCAUUGGUGUUAAAGCGUAG